AAACAACGAAUAACGGAAUGAAACCAGUCUUGCUUCUUUUUCUCUCAACCAUUGACAUGUAAUAUAGAAAACCGCAUAGUAUGCUCUAUCUUUUUAUAUAAUUUAUAUCAAGGAUUUCGAUUAUAAAUUUACGAUACUGUCAAAUACUGUUGUGACAGAGUGUCAUUUAUGUUAGACAGAAUAAAUAAGCGCUAUGAGACAAAGGAUGCCGGAAAUUAUAUCGACAUUAACACGCACCUUUUGUGCUUAAUUUGUCUAAAACUGUCAGUAUAUCUGUCUCAAAAUUUUAUUUAACAAAGUCUCGUCUGCUUUAUUGCGAUUGUUAUUUUUGCUUAGUUGAUCUAACAAUGAAGAAGAAGAACGGCGAUCUUGGAGUUGAAUCCGAAGCUAGAAUUGACAUCGAUAAACCACUUUGGAGCCAGGACACGUAUCUCGGAAGAUGGAUGCAUUUCGCCUUCAUCACCGAUUGCCGCACGAUAGUCGUGCCGGAGAAUAAAUUGUGGGAAGCAAAAAAGCUCUGCGAGGACUACAAAGCAGGGAAGGAGCCGGAGGGACUGCAGAGAAAGGACAUAAUCUACGCGAAGAAGCUCAGGGACAGCGCCUUCCAUCCCGAUAACGGCGAGCUCAUGCAUGUGAUAGGGAGAAUGUCCUUCCAGCUACCCGCUUCCGUCGCCAUCACCGCCGUCAUGUUGACCUUCUACAAAUCCGCCUUCGGCGUGAUAGCGUGCCAGCUGGUUAAUCAGGGCUUCAACGCAUUUGUCAAUUAUACCAAUCGAAAUGCGAUGAGCGACGACCCGCAGGACACUGACAUUAUCCGGCAGGCGUUCGUGCUCGCCACCGCGGCGAGUUGCGUGGCCGCUUUGGGAUUCAGGAAACUGUUUUCCGGCAGAGGAACUCUCUUCGCAAGAUUCGUUCCGUUUUGCGCGGUGGCCGCCGGCAACAUGGUAAAUCUCCCCAUCAUGAGGCAACGAGAGAUCGCACGAGGCAUUCCCAUAUUCAUGAAGAACGACGACGAAGUGUGCGUGAUGAAGUCGCAGCUGGCCGCCGUCAAGGGUAUCUCCGAGUGCAUCCUCACGAGGAUAAUAAUGGCCGCACCCGGAAUGCUGACGAUCCCAGUCAUCACGCAACGAAUGAAAUCGUAUUGCUUCUUUCAGCUUCGUCCGUGGAUCAUUUUUCCCGUCGAAAUCGGUUUAUGCACACUCUGUUUGUUGGUCAUGAUCCCUUCGGCGCUCGCCAUUUUUCCGCAAAAAAACUCGAUGCAGCCGGAGCUGUUAAAGAUAUAUCCGGAGGAGUACGAAAUAUUUCGAGAGAAAAUGGGUCAGCGCAAACAUCCGGAUAAAGUUUAUUAUAACAAGGGAUUGUAGCCGGUAUAAAUAAAAAUGAAAUUUACAUUCUACUUUGUAUAAA